AUCCGAUUCGAAUAUUUGAAAUGAUGCUUCUACAAAGCACUGUCUAGAUGGUAUCUCCACUCCAACAAAGGCCAGAAUCCCUAAGUCAUAACUCGUAAGUUUGUUAACUCGUUAUUCCGGUGGCUCGAUAUCGGCGUCGAACUUCUACGUACCAGCUCCUCUCUCCGUCCGUCGAACAGAUGCUCGAUAUCGGCGUCGAACUUCUACCUACCAUCUCCUCUCUCCGUCCGUCGAACAGUUGCCAUGUCGAACAAAGCUGAAGGUGAUUGUAAGGAACCAGUGAAUGAGCAGGCAAUUGCCAACAUAUAUGGCAACAUGAGGUCUGACAUCAAUCAACUUCACUCAAAAAUUACAGAAUUGGAGAUGGAAGUGAGCGAGCAUUCUUUGGUGAUUGGAGCCACACAGCCACUUGAUCCAUCUAGGCGAUGCUACCGGAUGAUUGGAGGUGUGCUGGUGGAGAGAACCAUCAAGGAGGUCCUCCCAGCAGUCCAGCGUAACAAGGAAGGUCUUGAGGAGGUGAUUUCUCGGAUGAAUGAAGCAUUAGAAAAGAAGAAAAAGGAGAUUGCUGAAUUUGAGGCAAAAUAUAAAAUCAGGAUAAGAAAAUCAGAUGGUGAGGUUAAGGAUGAUGGAGGUCGGAAGGAAGGUUCUGCUCAAGGAGUUCUUGUGGGUCCUGCAGGUGCCAAGAAUGAAUAAUUAAUUGCUUGAGAUUUUUUUUUAUAUGAAUUUAUUUUAUUUUUUGUUGAAACGAAAUUUGAUUUGGUUAGUCUUUGGUGUUUAUACUAACUUUAUAUAAUCUGUUCUCUAUAUAGUGGGUGAAUGAUCAUUGACCAAGCACUUAGUAGAAAAUUAUUGAAGGGUAAAUAUCCAUCCUAUGGUGCACAUAUAUAAAGUGACUCUUAGGGACCUUGCUGUUA